GGGGGCAAAAAAAAAAAAAAAGGCGCUUGGGAGUUCACAAUAGCAACACGAUCUAUUACAAUAAUUAUAAAACCCAAAGCUUCGAAAAAAGCAAUCUUUGGGGUUUCCGAUUUUCGAAGGGGAAUCCAACAUCCAAUUCCUCUUCGAGCGAGAAGAAGAAGGAGAUGUCUCUGUUAGGGGUGAAGAUGAGCGAGGAGGUGUGGCUUACUUGUCUCUCUCAUUCUCUAACCACCGAGACCGAGGAGAUCAUGGGCCUCCUCUUUGGUGACAUCAAACCUGUGAACAGCGGGGGUGCAGUUGCUCUCAUAUGGGGUGCAUCCCCACAGGUGAGAUCUGAUCGUCGAAAGGACCGUGUGGAAGUUAAGCCAGAACAGUUGGCUGCAGCGUCGGCUCAGGCUGAGAAUAUGACAAUUUCAACGGGAAGACCCACAAGGGUGAUUGGAUGGUACCACUCUCAUCCACACAUUACAGUCCUUCCAUCUCAUGUAGAUGUCAGGACUCAGGCAAUGUAUCAACAGUUGGAUCCUGGUUUCAUUGGUCUGAUAUUUUCCUGUUUCAGUGAAGAUGCUCAGAAGGUUGGAAGAAUUCAAGUCAUUGCCUUCCAGUCUCUGGAUGGAAAACAGAGAAGCCUUUCUCUUGUUCCUAACACUUCUCUUUUAGAGCUUGAAUCAUCUUGGAGCUCCUCUGAGAGGUCUGCAUCAGAGUCUACAUCUAUUGACAACUUUGAAGAUACUAGUGAUUCAAGAAUGACGAAACCUAAAAAGGUUGGGGGAGGAUCUUCAGGUUUGGAGGAGUUCUUUUAUCAUGAUGAUGUCAAUUAUUCCGGAAAGCAGAGAAAAAGAGAGAAUUCUCAUCUCCCUAACCACACUGACAACUUAAAUAACAAUGCACUUGAUGCAGACUCUAUGGAUAUGACCGCCAGUAUGCAGGAAGCUCUGCACAGGUCUAACCUGGACAUGAGUGGUGCUGAGUAUGUGAGGAAAGAAGUUCCUUUGCAAGUCCUUCCAAGCAAGGCUUUGUUAGAGCUCGAUUGCCCUUUAGCUUCCUUUGUUGAUAUGCAGCGUGUUCUGUUUGAAGAAGAACGAUCAGCAUAUAAUCAAGCGAUCUUACAGAACAUGCGAAACGGGAAAAUACACCCACUCACUUAUAUUCAUCACACAUCCACAUACCAGGCUUCUCUCUGCAAGCUAAUGGAAUAUUGUUUAAGUCCUGCGAUUAAUACACUCGAGGCCCAAAUGAAGGAGAAUGAAAUUCGAUUGGCUCAGCUGAUGGAGGAGGCAAAGUCUUUAGAACUCGAAGCAGCAGGUAUCAGUCAGCACGAGAUGAACAUGAACGCUCAUCGUCAGUUACUUUCUCAGUCUCCUCGUGAGAGAUUGACAAUGGGGAGCCGUGAUAUGCGAUUCUCAGUAGAACCUUCGGGUGCAAGAAGCCCGAGCGGUUCUCGUAGCAGGAGAAAGACGCCAUAGUUUUGUAUAGUGCAUCAGUCUGUUUAUCCCAUCAUUUUGUAAGCUAUUGGACAUUGUUCAUCUUUCAGUUAUUUGUAUGUCAUUGUUUAUCACUGUUGGUUUGGUAAUAGAUUAUGUCGAGAGUACAUUUUUCGUUGUGCUUGAUGCUCCUGUGGUCGCUCAAUCUCGUUCAAAAUUUUCUAAUUCAAGAUGUUCUUUUGUAGC